AUGCCUUUUUUUCAAGACAACAUUGCAAUAGCCUCAUUUGCAGCUAUCCAAAAAGGAAUAUUUGUGAGUUGUGCAACAGGGAACUCAGGUCCGUUCAAUGGCACUGCAACAAAUAUAGCUCCAUGGGUUCUAACAAUUGGUGCUAGCACAACUGACAGAAAAAUCAAAGCCACAAAAAAACUAGGAAAUAAUAAGGAAUUUGAUGGUGAAUCUUUAUUUCAGCCAAAAGGCUCCCCUUCUUCUACACUUUUACCACUCGUGUAUGCUGUAAAGUUCAAUGAAUAUGCAUCUGUUGUUGUAUCAGCAGGGUAUGAUCGUUCCUUACGUGCCUGGGACUGUAGAUCUCACAGCAUUGAGCCAAUUCGGAUCAUUGACACCUUUCUAGACAGCGUUAUGUCUAUCUGUUUAACAAAAACUGAGAUUAUUGCUGGAAGUGUUGACGGAACUGUACGGACAUUUGACAUCCGGAUUGAUGGAACUUUUGAAAGGAGUAGAAAGAGGGGCAUAACAGUCUUUUCAGAUUAUGCUUGGAGUAGUGGAGAUCAAGUUGAUGUUUGGGUACAAGAUAGCUGGCAUGAAGCAAUUGUUAUGGACACAAAUAAGAUUGAUUUGACUUCUUUAACUGUCCAGUUUCCUGCCGUGAAAGAACUCAUUGCAGUUGCCACCAACAGAGAAGAUUCAAAAAGUGUUGUAGAGCUAACAAAUGGUUCUUCAGAGGAUACUAAAGAGCAAAUCUUGCAAAGGAUAUUUUUUGUUUUGUUUUGCAGAGGAUACCCCUCACAUUUUCCCAAAUUACCCCUUCCUCUACAAUGUUUUUUUUUUGUUUCUGUGUAUUUUGUGCAUCAGGUAAAGUUGGUGGAAGAAAGGAAUAUGAAGCCACUUGAUUCAAAUCUUGCAGCAUUAGUCUUAAAGAAUUAUGAAAGGCAAGAUGCAACUUUACUUAGUCGGAAUUUGAUGUAG